GUCAUCCGGCAGCUGAGAGGUCGCGAAGCACUCUAGCUAAUAUCGUCCUAAAAGUCAAAUUCUUGAUAUUUUAAUCAUUUGUUCAUAUUGUUACUUGAUAACUACAAAGAAUAGUCAUGAUUAAAGCUAUCUUGAUUUUUAACAACCACGGAAAACCGCGGCUGAUCAGAUUCUAUCAAUAUUUUGCGGAGGACAUGCAGCAGCAAAUCAUUCGAGAGACUUUCCAUUUGGUAUCUAAAAGAGACGACAAUGUCUGCAACUUCUUGGAGGGUGGGAGUCUCAUUGGUGGAUCUGACUACAAACUGAUUUACCGGCACUACGCGACCCUCUACUUUGUCUUCUGUGUGGACUCGUCUGAGAGUGAGCUCGGCAUCCUGGACCUGAUUCAGGUGUUUGUGGAAACGCUGGAUAAAUGCUUUGAAAACGUCUGUGAACUGGACCUCAUAUUCCACAUGGACAAGGUCCAUUACAUCCUGCAGGAGGUGGUGAUGGGAGGCAUGGUGCUGGAGACCAACAUGAACGAGAUUGUAGCCCAGGUUGAAGUGCAGAACCGCAUGGAGAAGUCUGAGGGAGGCUUAUCGGCGGCCCCCGCGCGCGCCGUCUCUGCCGUGAAGAACAUGAACCUGCCCGAGAUUCCCCGCAACAUCAACAUCGGAGACAUCAAUAUCAAAGUGCCGAGCCUCUCCCCGUUCUGAGGAGCAGUCCAGCUGAGCUCUGCAGGGCUCGUGUACCACUGAUGCAGUUCCCCUCCACCCAGCUCUGCUGUUAAUGCGGACAAAACUGUUUUAUAUGUGUAUUAUGGAGCCACAGCAGCUUAUUCUCCCCCUCAUUCCUUUCAUGUGAACGGUAGAUAUGCUGUCGGUUAGUUUUGAGUUCUACUGUAUACAUUUUACAGGUUACUGCAGUUGAAGGAUUUGCACAAUAAUGUAAAAUUUGAUUCUAUGAAGCAUCAAGAGUAAUAUUAAUAUUUUAUGUAUUUUCUGUGUUGUUUUUUUUUUUUAGUUCUCCAGUUGAUUUCCUUUUCUUUCCAAAGAAAAAUGAACCGUGUUGGCCCAGUGCGAAUUUUCCCUCACAGCUCUUCUAAAUCUGUGACGCUCAUCAGCGGUUGUCAUGACUAAGGUUUGACAACGUUUCCUGUCUAGAGUGAGCUUCUGGACUCGGGACGGUUCGCUGUAAUACGAUCCUUUGGCUUCUGUGACGGGCUGUAAUUACUCAAACACAUCUUUAUCUUCUGUUCCAAGUGUGUGUUCAUGCAGACUGGGAUUAGACUCCUGCUUGGCUCUUUGCACAGUAUAUUUUUCCUUCUCUGUAAUCUUUUGUGUGACGUUCUUGUGAUUUGUUGAAAAUAUUGUUUUCCUGGAUGCAGAAUGUGCUCAGAAUGGCAAAUGUAAAUGCUGUGUAGUUCUAGCCAAGGUUUAAUGUGCUGUGAUAGUAUCUUGCCAACAUCUGUUCAGAGACUUUGGCCUUUUUUGGAUCUUUAAGUGUGUGUAUAAAGUGUGUUUGUGUCUUAUUGGCUGUGUUUAGUGGCCACACAGAAUCAGAUUCAGUCAUUCAAGCCAUACUCUGCUGGAAUUUCACCACUGAGUCCCGUCGAGCCUCCCGAGGACGGUGAAUGUGUCCGUGUCAAAGACAUUCCUCGCCAAAAUAAAUGAAAAUGCAGAUG